UCCAUUACCAUCUCUCCACUUCACUUCUUCUGCAGACUCCAAAACCUUAAACAAAAAGAAGACCACAUUGUCAGCUGCAAACUAUGAAGUUGGGAAGAAAGAAACCUCCUGCUCCGCCUUCUUCCUCGUCGUCUCGGCCUUCACUCAUCUCUCAUGUCUUCCCUGCUUCAUGGCUUUCUAAGUUCAAGCACAUGAGCAUCAACUCGAAACCGAACCCCGGAAAGGUAAAGCGAAAGGGUAAGCAGAAUUCUCCCUCUAUGGUGGGUUCAGUGCAGUGUGCUGGUGAGAAUGGUGGCCGGUUUUAUGGCGGGGAUGAUGAUGGUGCUUUUUGGAGACUGUCGUUUGGAGAAGAGAGUGCUAAUGGGGAGAAGAUUGAUAGAGGGGUUUUGAAAUCGGUGUGGUAUGAAUCAGAUACUGAGCUCGAUUUUCCGUCUUCAAGGGGCUGUAGAUCAAGUUGUCAUAAGGUGGGGGAAGGAGAAGAGGCUAAGAAGUUCAAUAAGAUGGUCUUGGGUUUAAAGAAAGUGAGAGAACUGCCAAAAGAUGUGGAGAUUUCACUGGAAGUGGAAACAGAAACCAGAACACCGAGGAGGAGGGUUGACAGAGAUGGGAAAUUGAGGAAAAUGGAUCCGCGGGCGAUGGAAGAGAAGCUGUUGGAAUUAGGAGGAGGAUCAUAUGUAGCAGAAUGGGAGUCAGCAAAAUCAGUAGAGAAAGAAGCAUUGAAAUGGGAAACACCAAGAACAAUUUCGUCAACUAAGAGGGAGAAGUGCAAAUUAGUAGCUUCUGGCUCAAGGAAACAUUCUAAGAAUGCUAGCCUAAGAACUAUUGCAGAUGAUGGUAUUUUUGCUACUCAGAACUUGGAAGAAACAGAGGGCCUCUCAACAGAAAAUUUAGAUUCAGAGUGGCAGAAGUUGAAAGAAAAGAAAAUUGAAGAGUUGAAGUCAAAAAGUGGGAAAGAGAGGAAAUCUCUUCAUGUAAGCAGGGAUUCACAGAGAAGAAGAGCAAAGCAGCAUUCCAAAGUCGGAAUUAAUUCUCCAAGAACCCCUUCCAAGGUUGAAACAUGCAAAAUAAAAGCGCUAGAAGACAUUAGGAAAUCAAAACUGAAGAUGAAAAAGAAGGCAGAGGAGAGGCCUGUGGAGGAAACAGCAGGCUUGGAUAGUUUCGCUAUGGUGAAACGCUCGUUCAACCCACAGCAGGACUUCAGAGACUCAAUGCUUGAGAUGAUUAUGGAGAAAAGGAUGAGCCGGCCAGAAGAGCUUGAAGAACUCCUGGCUUGUUAUCUGACAUUGAAUGCUGACGAAUAUCAUGACCUCAUCAUCAAGGUAUUUCGGCAGGUGUGGUUCGACUUGAACAAGUCCUGUCUUAAUACUGAAUUACACACUGAAGAUUGUUGCUAUGACUAACUAAUGUUUAGCUGAUGAUAGACAGACCUGUAAUCAUGUUGUAAAUAGUUAACACUAUUACUGCUAUUACAUUAUGUUCCUAAUUUGCAGAA